CCCGGGCUGCAGCUGGUAAUAUCACAAUUUCACAUUUCUCCAUCUAACUCUAUUAAUUAGGAGAUUCCGGUCUCGACUGGGUUUCCCAACAAGUGAACAAACGCUCCUAUCUAUCAGCCAGAGUGUGAGAACGGAGCCGCUGUGCACUGCAAACACACUACCUGCACCCACACUCAGGGCCAACAAAAACAACGCAGACCAAUAGGAGAAAGGGAACAACCUGGCUUUUGUUAGCCUUCUAUUCAGGAGGGAAAAUAAAUCUAUAUCAAAAGAAUUAAUUGGAUGCAGCCCUGCCCUGUUACAGGGAUUCUGUUCAGGUGAAUUUCAUGCCCUCAAACACUGGGAAUAUAUUUUGUGGCAGCUGGAGAAGUCUUCCCCUGAGCCUGGAAGUCCUGCACAUUUCACAAUGAUUGGCUCCCACACUCUGUUCCUUUUGAUUGCAACUUCCCUACUUGUGGCUCAGGCGCUCAGCUCAGAUGCUCCAAAUCCUUCAAAAGGCAGAAAAAGAGGUCACUUGAAAGGAAAGAAUAUUCAUGGAUCCAAUCAAGACAGAGCAAAGGGCAAAGCUUCUCCUGAUCCCGUAUUAGGUGGAAACUCUUUUGCUCCAUCUCAGUUAUAUAGUUUGGUGGAGGAUUAUGAACGGAGUCUCAUGGAAAUGGUGAGUCAGCUGAGGAACAACACUGAUCCAUCUGGGAAUCGCUGUGAAGUCAGUCUAAGACUUUGGCUUUCUAACAGGAGAAGCCUUUCACCCUGGGCCUACAGUAUAAAUCAUGAUGAAAAUCGCAUUCCAGUUGAUAUUCCAGAAGCAAGAUGCCUAUGCACAGGCUGUGUUAACCCUUUCACCAUGAAGGAGGAUUUCAGUAUGACAAGUAUACCCAUCUACAGCAAGAUCCCUGUGCGGAGGCGGCUGUGCGAAGGAAGCACUUCUCCAAUCAGGCCACGGAGACGGAAGAAGUGCCACAAAGAGUACAUAGAUGUCAUGGAGAACAUAGCCGUGGGCUGCACCUGUAUAUUCUGAGAGCCUCCCUUGCUCUGUUGGAUUUGCACUAAAGUUCUUUAUAUCAAAUAUCAGAAUUACGCAGCACCCACAUCCCUACGAUAGACUUGAUGCCACUGACACAGCCCAGCACAUAUACCAACAUAAACGAGGAAAGCACAGCUUUUGUGCUCCAUCAGGAAUGCGCCAAUACAUAGACCAACUUUGUUCUAUAGAGUUUGUCCCUUAUCCAUGUUUUAUACACAGACACCUUUGCAUCAGGCCACAAUCUGUCAUUUCCCUGCUUAAAGGAGAAGGAAAGCUACCAAAGUAGUUUAUUGUUAAUAGAUUAGCCACAAUAGUGCAAGUUAAAACACAAUUUUUAUUCUUUAGAAUGCUUUUCCAUACCUGAGUAAACAGCACUAGAUACUGUCUCUUUUUGUUUAGGAUAGCAGCUGCCAUAUUAGCUGGCUGUGACAUAACUUCCUGCUAGGGUUGCCACCUUUUCUGGAAAAAAAUACCGGCCUUCCUAUUUAUUUAUCUUUUUUUUCCCUAUUAAUAACAUUGGGAUCAACCAUCUUUUUUACCGGCCAGGCCGGUAAAAUACAGACCACGUGGCAACCCUACUUCCUGCCUGAGUCUCUCCCUGCUCACUCAUAGGUCUGAGUUCAGAUUACAGCAGGAAGGGGGAGGGAGGGGGAGAGGAGCAAACUGAGCAUGCUCAAGCCCAAGCCCUGGAAGUUUAUGCUGAGAAUAGGAAGUCUGAUACAGAAGCCCAUGUGUACACAAUAGAAGGAAAGAAGUGUAGUGUUUCUUGUGACACUGAGCCUCAUUACUUUGAGGUUUUACUGGUGUAUUUAUAUAGACCUUUCUGAUAAAGCCUACUUAGUUUUAAACUUUCCUUCUCCUUUAAAGUUACUUUGUAUUUCGGUUUCUUUCACCAAGCAAAGGUAUAGGUUUGCGAGUACCAGAAGUUUGUCAUGUUAGCAAAGCCUCCCACUGGCAUCGAGUCUGUUAUAUACCAUUCAUCUUCAUCCAAAAUAAAGUCUUAAUUCAAUAAAACCAAGUUACCAAGUGAAA